CGGCCACCUACCCACGCUCCCCCCGCAGGCCACGCCUCGCCCUCCACUGCAGCAGGGCCAGCACCCAGCAGGAGGGAAAGGGCAACUCCGAAGCCCAAACCCUGUCAACCCCCAGCCGAGCCGCGCCGCCCCGCCCCGCCCGCACAUGGCCGCCUCCUCCCACUCCCUCGCCGCCUCGCGGCGCGGACGCAGCGCGCGGCAGGCGCCCUUCUUCCGCGACCUCGCCACCCCGAUCCCGUCCCACCGCGGCGUGUCCCGCUUCGCCUCGGGGGCUUCCCCCUCGGCUGCCCCCUCCGCUACGCCGCCGCCGCCGCCCAUCUUCACCCUCGACGACCGCUACGCCGCCGCGGACUUCUCCCCGGACCCCACCGCCUCUGACCUCCUCCCCGUCGCGUCGUCCCCCUCACCGCGCGCCGCCGCCAGCCGCUCGCCGCCAUGGGACCUGUCCCGGGGCAAGGUGUCACUCUCGCCACCAGGAUCCCCCAUGGUUGGGGUCGUCGAGCCGGCCCGGAAAGAGGUGCUCGCUUUGCCGCCGCCCGGGAGCCCUGGCGCCCCACCUCCUGCUACGACAGCGGAGGCGCAGUCACCGGUGUCCCCCGCGCAGGCACCGGCUAGGAUGGAGCCGGUGGCGAACGGAGGGGAGGUCGAACGGGAGGAGUGGGUCACUGUAUUCGGAUUUUCUAUUGGAGAUACCAACCUUGUUCUUCGGGAAUUCGAGAAAUGUGGAGUAAUAUUGAGACAUCACUCUGGUCCAAGAGAUGGGAAUUGGAUCCACAUAUUGUACCAGCGCUCUUAUGAUGCUCAAAAGGCCCUUCAGAAAAAUGGUAUCCAACUAAGCAGCGGUCUGAUAGUUGGCGUAAAGCCUAUUGAUGCAGUGCACCGGCAGCAGCUGGAUGAGAGUUUCGUGCGAAACAGUCAAGGUGGAUUUAUGGUUUCCUUGCCUUCAAAGUCACUUGGCUUGAAGAGCACAGGUGCAUCGCACCAGUUAGGAGCCUUGCCCCGCCCAUAUGACCCAAAAGCUAGCACAAAUGUUAGCCGAGAUGCAGGCCGUCGUGCAACUGGCAGCGUUGCUGCACCAGCAAAAUCAAUUGUAACCAAUGUGAUGGAUUUGAUAUUUGGCAUUUGAUAUGACAAUGAGGACCAAUGCAUCUGGGACCUUCUCUGUUUCUUCUGUUUACUUGUUCGAGAAUGCCAGCAUUCCAAAGAUUCAGCAGCAAAUUUUGCUGAAGUUUGAGAGCUUAUAGAGUGAACUUUCUUUCGGUGAUGUAACAUUAAAAUUAUGCAAUUUUUCAUGUUUAUUGUACUUAUAUGUUGUCUCAUGGUAUGUCCAUAUGAGGGCCAUUGUAUGUUAAUGGACAUGCUAUAGGUCUUGUAGUGGGGCGAUUUUUCAUAUUUUCAACUUGUUCGUGUAUUUUUUUUCUUCUUCUGUCGUUUAAGUGUUACCUUGCUUCUGCCUCUCCCUCUGAAGAGGUGCUGGUGUAAUUUUCGAGAAAUCAUGUGUUGCUCUCAGGCCAAUACAAAUGAAAGGUUUCAAUUCAUCUUUAA